AUGCUUGCAGCAAAGCAAUCUGCGUCAACGGCAGGUUCUCCUUCGGUAACGAGUGCGCUUCAAACGUCUGAUGCAGAUUCUCAGGACGGACCGUCGAAAAAACAGCGUGCGCGGAAGGCCAGUGAAACUGAAGCCUCGUCAGUGGAAGUGAACCAAGAGCCUGCCGAAGAGCCUCCUCUAAAGAAGAAGAAAUCGGUAAAGCUGGCUGAAUCGUCAAAGACAGCGUCAAAGCUGGUUGACGACGAGACGGGUACGGCAGAAAGGUCGACGAAUAAAAAGGCGGCAGCUGCCAAUGACAAGAUUCGAGCUGUACCGAAGAAAAAAGCAACUGUCACCGUCGAGAUACAACCAAAGAUUAACGACGACUCGUCGACAGCAAGCGAGACCACAAAAAUUGGUCAAAAAUCCAAAAAGAAAGCUGGCGCGAAGUCGGAUGACGUGGAGAAGCCAGUGGCCAAGCGUGCGAAGAAGGGUGAGUCGCUGAAAACAUCUGCCGUAAAGAAGACAACGGAAAAAGUGAUGCCGGCGGUAAAGGUUGCAACGCCUGAAACAGAAUCGAGCCAUGGCUCUCAAUCUUCCAAUCAUGAGGUUGUUUCCGGUGAGGAGACUGAAGCGGUAGAGACUCCCGUCUCCAAGAAGAAGGCUACCGGAAAGCUGAAGGAGAUUGGCGAACUAAAGGGUUUCAAGAAAAUCAUGGCGGAGACAUCGAAGCGGAUUGCCGCCACAAAAGAAGCUAGUGGUGCCCGUAACGGCUCUGUUGAACCCGAGCAAGGUUUAAAGCAGUCUGUGAAGUCUGUGGAUAGUACAGCGAGCGAAUCCUCCGUAGACUCUGACCAUUCGUCUAUCGUUGGAAAGCGCGUUGAGCAUUCUCCAGAAAAGGCUACUUUUGUGGAGAGUGACUCGUUUUCUUCGUCGGACGAGGAGGGGCUAAAUUACUCGCAGAGCCUUCUGGCUGACUUGACGAAGAAUGAUAAAGAAGAUGGGUUGAUUGCUUCCGAGAAUGGUGAGAAAUCGAAGCAGGUCGACAGAACUCGUGGCGAUCCUUCGGCACACCACUCUCAAGAUACUGAGCAGUCGCAAGACAUGCCUUCGUCGGAACUUACCCAAAAACCGCAAGAGUCGAAUAGCGUGCUGUUGCGGUCACUUUCGCGGAAUCGGUUUUCACUCGGCAGCAUGCCUGUGGCGAAGCUGAAAAAGUCGUCCAAGAACCCUUUCAAAAAAGCGAAGGCCGACACUAGCAGUGCCGCUGACCGUCCGCGCGGCCGCCCUCGUAAAGUUGAGCUGGAAUAG